UCCUCCCGAACAUUUCCGUCCUCGCGCGCGCUUCUCCACCUUUAUCUCCAUUCUAUUUCUCCUUCUCUCUCGCCGAAUCCUUCUCUUUUCCUCCUCCGCGUUUUCUUCAAUAUAUAUCUCCGUCGGCCGACGUACCAGUUUCCAGACUGUCCAUUUUGACAGGAUCUUCUAGCAGUCAACUACCAUAAAGAUCGAGCUAAGACUGAGCAGACAACAGCAUAUUAGCAUUUAGAAUACAAAUCAUCACAGAGAAGGAAGAAGAUGGGGUUCUGGUCUCUGUUUCUGCUGGCAUCUGAACCAGUCAUUCAGGUCCUACUCAUAGGCUCUCUUGGAGCAUAUCUUGCGAGUGGUUACAGCAAUAUAUUGACGGCAUCUGCCCGGAAAGACAUGAACAGGGUUGUGUUUUCUGUCUUCACACCGGCUCUCAUGUUUGCUAACCUAGCGAAGACUGUGACGCUCAGAGACAUCAUCUCUUGGUGGUUCAUGCCUGUCAACGUUGGGAUCAUAUUCUUAAUUGGUGGAAUCCUUGGAUGGAUAGCUGUGAAGAUAUUGAGACCACCACGCCAUCUCGAGAACCUUGUCAUUGCUACCUGCUCUGCUGGAAACUUGGGCAAUCUGCUUUUGAUAGUUGUCCCAGCAGUUUGUGACGACGAAGGCAAUCCAUUUGGGCAGCACAGUAUUUGCAGGUCCCGUGCGCUCUCCUAUGUGUCUUUCUCCAUGGCGCUUGGAGGAUUCUACAUAUGGACAUAUACCUACAGUCUCAUGAAGAAGGCUGGUGUCUUGUAUCACAAGGUCGAAUUGACAAAUCAUGGGGUCCCAAAGGUACAGGUUAAGGAUUCAAAUGUGAGCUUUCCCAAGAUAGAGGAGGGUGAAGGAGGUUCCAGUGAUUCCUUGCUUCCACCAGCCAAACCGACGGAAGAAACAGUGGAAAACCAAAUUGCUGCCCCCCUCUUAUCCAGUGGAAGCCCAAGUGGCAACAAGGUUAGCUUCUGGCAAAAACUCAAAGGAACCAUCCACCAAAUUGUUGAGGAGUUAAUGGCACCUCCAACUCUUGCAGCGAUUAUAGGCUUUAUCGUUGGUGCAAUAACAUGGUUGAAAUCUUUAAUUAUCGGAGAGCAGGCCCCUCUUCGUGUUAUCCAAGAUUCCCUUGAAAUAUUAGGAAAUGGCACAAUACCUUGCAUCACCCUUAUUCUAGGUGGAAACCUGACACAAGGGUUUAGCAAGUCACUCUUAAGGCAUGUGGUUGUUCUAGCAAUUAUCUGUGUGCGGUAUGUGAUCCUUCCCAUCAUUGGUAUUGCGGUAGUAAAAGCAGCAUAUGAAGUUGGAUUUCUGCCACAUGAUCCAUUGUACCGUUAUGUGCUGAUGAUACAGUUUACUCUCCCACCUGCCAUGAAUAUUGGUACAAUGGCUCAACUGUUUGAUGUUGGUCAGCAGGAGUGCUCUGUUAUCUUCCUUUGGACUUACUUGGCCGCAGCUGUCUCACUCACAGUCUGGUCAACAGUCUUCAUGUGGAUCUUGUCUUAGACUUAUCAAUUAUUACAUUGAUGACAACCAUUCUACGCCCCACGGGUUCUUGUGUGGAAGAAUUAAUUCAAGAGCCUCAUUCUUUCAUCAAUGAUUGUUAACAAUUUUUCAUUGUUUGCGGUAGGCAAAAAAGAAGAUCAUUGUUUGUAAGUUAUAAUGCACUGGGAUUGUCCCUCGUAACCUUCUGUCUAGCAAUGGAAGGUUAUAGGUUCAAAUCUUGGGUGGAGAAUUCCGAGUAUGGGGAUCUAGAUAAUUAUAGUCACUAGGUCUCCCUCCUCCUCGCUUAAAAAAAAGAGAGUUAAGGUUAUGUUUGAAGCAAAGGCUUUUCGAAUUUAAACUCGGGAUGCCUGCAAGAAGUUUGUAA